CUCGAAGCUCUCUCUUCUCCAUGAAAUUUCAUCUCAAAACUCUCUCUUCUCCAUGGAAUCUUAUUUUGAAGCUCUCUCUUCUCCAUAGCAUCUCGAGCUAGACCAUUGAGGUAACUGUCUCUCUCUGUUCUAAAGCAUUUGGAUUUCAAGCAUCGUUGAUGAAUGUGUUGUGUGUUUGCUUUGUUUUUUUUCGUUCAGGCUCUCACUCUAAGCUUCCUCUUCUUCGUCGGUUUCAAGACGAGCUGUUCUGUAACCAUGACAGGAGAUUGGAGUUUAGAGGGAACAACGUGACGGCGUUAUGGCCUGGGGAUGGGAAACCUGGGCUGUGGAUGAACCCUAACUCGAGGAUGGGUGCUAUCUAUAGUUUGAUUGUGGGGGAAGAAGAGAUUUUGAUGGAGCAGGGGAAAAUAGAUCCUGAGUUUGUGAUUAGAAAGGAGAGAGAUGAAGAUAUCGAGCUCAUGGUGCCUCCAGUUUUCAGCUCCUCACUAAGGCUUUGGCGUGUUUUCAAGAAGUAACCAAUAGAUAUUUACAGGAGAAACAAACGGUGGAUGGAACUGCUAAAGCAACGUGAUUCAAUCCAUUCAUCUUUCUCUGUGGUUAAGACACCAAGCGGUAGCAACUUGAGCAAUGGAAGUAGCAGCAAAGCUCAGGGAGAUGAAUUGAAAGGUGAUGGGGAUAGUGUAGGUGGAUUUGUGGGUCUUAUUGGUGACUCUUUCACUGAGGAUAGCUACACAUAUA